AUGCGCCCGGCACCGAUCGCAGCCGCCUUGCUGGCAUUAGCGCCGCCUUCGGCCCUGUGCGCGAGCCAGAAGCUGCUUUCCGGCGCCCUCGUCAACCGGACGCCCUCGCCCUCGCCCAACGCCCCCAGCUACCGGGAUCAGCUGUUGAGACUGCACAAGUCGCUCGUCUCCAUCGAGUCCAUCUCGGGCAACGAGACCAAGGUCGGCCGCUUUCUCGCCGACCACCUGCAGGCAAAGGGCUACACCGUGGACCGCCAGUGCGUGGCGCCCAGGGCCGGCUUCCCCAACGACACGGAGCGCUUCAACCUGCUGGCCUGGCAGGGCGGCAAGCGUGCCAAGGCGAGGGUCGUGCUGACGAGCCACAUUGACGUGGUGCCCCCCUACAUCCCCUACCAAAUUGACCACGGCAAAGGCCCCGCCACCAAGGACACUGUCAUCAAAGGCCGCGGCAGUGUCGACGCAAAGGCCAGCGUUGCCGCCAUGGUCGUCGCCCUGGACCAGCUGCUGGCGGCCCAAGCCAUCGCCCACGACGACGUCAUGCUCGUCUUUGUCGUUGGCGAGGAGGUUGGCGGCGACGGCAUGCGGGCCUUUAGCGACUCACUCGGCGGCACGGCCUUCGAUUCGGUCAUCUUUGGCGAGCCCACCGAGAACAAGCUGGCGUGCGGCCACAAGGGCGGCCUCUUCUGCGAGGUCACGGCCACCGGCACCCCCGGCCACAGCGGCUACCCCUGGCUGGGCAAGUCGGCCAACGAGCUCAUGGUGCGCGCCAUGGCCAGGCUCAUCGACGCAGACCUCGGCAGCUCCGACCUGUUUGGCAACACGACCGUCAACAUCGGCCGCUUCGCCGGCGGCGUAGCGGCAAACGUCAUUGCCGAGCACGCCCUCGUCGGGUUGGCCGUCCGAGUGGCCAUCGGACGAGAGGAAGACGGCGCAAAGACGGUCCAGCGCAAGAUCCAGGCCAUCCUCGACCAGGUCGACGAGGAGGCGCUCGCCAUCAAGUGCCCCCAGGGAUACGGACCCGUUGAGUGCAACUGCGACGUGCCUGACUUUGAGACCAUUGUUGUCAACUACGGGACCGACGUUCCGAAUCUCAAGGGCAACCAUACCAACUACCUCUACGGCCCUGGCUCCAUUCUUGUCGCGCACGGCGCGCGGGAGAACCUGACGGUUGGCGACCUCGAGACUGCCGUGGAGGGAUACAAGAAGCUCAUCCUGCACGCCCUGAAGCAGUAA